AUGCACACUAAAGUAGAUGAUCUAACAGCGGAGGGACAAAGGUUUGGUAAGGAUUUUCCAAUGACUCACAAGCCACCACAUAAACGAAUUGGUCAAAUACCUCUUGAUGAGACAGUAGGGUUAGAUUUGAUAUUUGAGAAGGUAUGGAAUAGUAUUGAAACAGAUAAAGUUGGUGUCAUUGGUUUAUGUGGAAUAGGAGGGGUGGGAAAGACCACUUUAUUGAAAAAAAUUAACAAUGAACUUGGGAAGAGAAGGCCAGAUUUUUUUGUGAUUUCGGUGGUAGUAUCCAAAGAGCCUAACUUGGAUAGGAUUAUGGACAACAUAAGAAAAUCAGUAGGGAUUGGCAACAGUACUUGGAAUUCUUGCAAUAAUCAAGAAGAAAAAUCUUCAAAGAUUUGGGGUGUCUUGAAACAGAAAAAAUUUGUUCUAUUGUUGGAUGAUGUAUGGGAACAAUUAGACUUAAACUUGGUGGGGGUACCACAUCUACAAGAGACUAACUUAGAGUCCAAGGUGUUGUUUACAACACGGUUGAAGGAUGUCUGUGCAAAAAUGCAAGCUCAAAUAUCAUUCGAGGUAGAACUUUUAAAGGAAAAGGAAGCAUUGGAGUUGUUUCACAAGAAAGUUGGUGAGAAAACUUUAAACUCACACCGUAGGAUCAAAUUUCUAGCAAAAGAGAUGUGUAAAGAGUGUAAAGGGCUUCCACUUGCAUUAAUUGUGGUAGGAAGUGCCAUGGCUGGUGUGAACAAUGUUGAAGCAUGGGAAUGCACAAAAAGUAACUUAACAAGUUCUUCAUGGACUACUUCAAAUUUGGAGAUGAAGGUGUUUUCUAUCCUCAAGUUGAGCUAUGAUCAAUUGCCAGAUGAUGAUCAUAGAAAUUGUUUCUUGUAUUGUGCAUUAUAUCCAGAAGAUUACGAGAUUCGAGUCAGUGAUAUCAUUGAUAAAUGGAUAGGAGAAGGAUUUCUAUGUGAAAAUAUGACAAAAAGCAUACAGGACAUGUGCAAUUAUGGAGAAUCUGUGAUUGCAAAGUUAAAGUUCUGCUGCUUGUUGGAGACUGUUGAAGAUGACAUUGUUGUGAGGCAUUCAAUUAAGAUGCAUGAUAUGAUCCGAGACAUGGCACUAUGGUUGGCAAGUGAUCAAGAAAAGAAAAUGAAGAAGGUUCUAGUACAAAGAGAUGCAAUGACAAUGUCCCAUAAUGAUGACGUUGAGAAAUGGAAGAUUGUUGAGAGGAUUUCAAUCAUGGGAGCUGGUGAAGGAUGGCAUGUGCCAUCCAUGCACUAUCCCAAUCUCAAAACAUUAUUGGCCAGGGAAUGUAAGAUAAAUGGUUUGCAGAAUAUCAAAUGCAUGAGCCAAUUAAAGUGCUUGGAAUUGAAUGUUAAGGAGAUAUAUGAUCCUAUAGAAAUUUCUAAUUUGGUUCUUUUGGAAUACCUUUCUUUGACUUCAUAUGGAUCUAAGGUUCCCAAGGAGCUAAAGAACUUGAAAAAAUUGAAACUAUUUAAUUUGUUGUUGCCAGAAGCUAGCAUUGCAAGUAUUCCAUUGGAAGUGAUCUCAAGUCUUCAACAAUUAAGAGUCUUGAGAGUUUAUUGUUCUGUUAGUGUUAGAGGAGAUAGCAAAGAAGAGGGAGAAUUCCUAGAGGAGGUGGAAUCCCUACCAAAAAUUGAGGAACUAAAUUUUGACAUAGAAACAAACAAUGGCCUCUCCAAAGUUGUUGGCUCAGCCAAACUGCAAGGUUGCAUAUCUACUCUUCGUCUUGAGGGUUCGGGCAUCAUAAUUAAGAUGCCUUUAUUAUUGGCUUGCAUGUCAAAAAUGAAGCACCUACGACAGUUUAGUAUGAGCAGCUUGGGCAAAUUGGAAGAUUCUUCACUACAUGAUGUAUGUCAUCUUACCAUGCUUCGAAGCGUGAACAUUGUAGGGUGCGAUUCAAUAAUGCAUGCGACAUGGCUCAAGUAUGCUCCACUCCUUCAAACACUUAUCAUUAAGGAUUGCUCUUCAAUGGAACAAGUGAUCAAGGAAGAAGCAACAAAAGAUGAUCAGAAUGUGGAUUCUCCUGUAUUCUCUUCUCUUGUAGAAUUGUAUUUAUUUGAAUUGCCAAAGCUUAAAAGCAUCCAUAGCACACACUUGUCUUUGCCUUGCCUGAAAUCCAUCUUUAUAGCUGAUUGUCCAAUCCUAAAAGAGUUACCGCUUAGUUCCAACUCUGCCAAGUAUGAGUCGAUGACAAUUCUAGGAGAAGAAGACUGGUGGAACAACUUGGAGUGGGAUCAUGACCCAGCAGCUAAGCACAAAUUCCAAUCUAAAUUUCGAAGCUCAUUGGUUGAUGAAAUACCUGAAGCUAAUCGACUUUCUUUCAACUGCGCAGAUCUAGAUUUCGGGGCACAGUAUGUGGCAAACGUCCUUUGUUAUCUCGGAUUAGAUUACGCACCUGCGAAUUUCUUUAACGAUUGA